AAUCUCGAGAUCCGCCGUUAACUUUUUUUUUGUCCUAAACUCAGAGUUUCUUCUCUCAUUUGUGUUCUGUCACAGAUUGAGUCAGAGAAGGAUCUCCAGAUCUAAGUUUUUUUCUUCUUCUUCUAUUUGUUAAUCAAGAUGGCAUCAGCGACAGAGAACCAAUGGCUCAAGGGAAGAGUGAAGGCUGUUACAUCCGGAGACUGUUUAGUGAUCACUGCUUUGACACAUAACAGACCAGGAGCUCCACCGGAAAAGACUAUCACCUUAUCUUCUCUCAUGGCACCUAAGAUGGCUCGUAGGGGAGGUAAAGAUGAGUCUUUUGCAUGGGAAAGCAAGGAGUUUCUGAGGAAACUUUGCAUUGGAAAGGAAGUUGCUUUCAAAGUGGAUUACAAAGUGGAAGCUAUUGCCGGAAGAGAAUUUGGUUCUGUUUUCAUUGGAAACCAGAAUGUUGCAAAGCUUGUUGUUCAAAAUGGUUGGGCAAAGGUUAGGGAACCAGGUCAGCAGAAUCAGGGUAAGGUUAGUCCUUACAUUACAGAGCUGCUACAGCUCCAAGAGCAGGCUACUCAAGAAGGAUAUGGUCUUUGGAGCAAGGUUCCUGGUGCUGCUGAGGCAUCUAUCAGAGACCUUCCUCCUUCUGCCAUUGGAGACUCUGCAGGCUUUGACGCCAUGGGGCUUUUAUCUACCAACAAAGGCAAGCCUAUGGAAGGUAUUGUUGAGCAAGUCCGUGAUGGAAGUACUAUCCGUGUUUAUCUUCUUCCAGAGUUCCAGUUUGUGCAAGUGUUUAUUGCUGGAAUCCAGUCUCCAUCAAUGGGAAGAAGAAACACAAAUGGAAACGUUGUUGAGACGGUUCCAGAUGAGUCCAAUGGAGAUGCUUCUGGUGAGUCCAAAGGUCCUCUAACUUCAGCUCAGAGACUUGCUGUCUCUGCAGCAUCCUCUGUAGAGGUUUCUGCUGAUCCUUUUGCAGCUGAAGCCAAGUACUUUACUGAGCAUCGUGUUCUUAGCAGAGAUGUUCGCAUUGUUCUUGAAGGAGUUGACAAAUUCAACAACCUGAUUGGUUCAGUCCAUUACUCUGAUGGUGAAGCAGUUAAAGACUUGGGGUUGGAGCUAGUUGAAAAUGGUCUUGCUAAAUAUGUUGAAUGGAGUGCUAACAUGAUGGAGGAGGAAGCCAAGAGGAAGCUGAAAGCUGCUGAACUUCAAUGCAAAAAAGAUAAGGUGAAAAUGUGGGCUAACUAUGUUCCUCCAGCUACAAACUCUAAGGCACUUCAUGACCAGAACUUUACUGGAAAGGUAGUGGAGGUGGUUAGUGGGGACUGUAUUGUAGUUGCCAAUGAUGCCCUUCCAUAUGGUAGCCCAGCUGCUGAGAGAAGGGUCAAUCUUUCGAGUAUCAGAUGUCCAAAAAUGGGAAACCCACGUAGAGAAGAGAAGCCAGCUCCUUAUGCUCGUGAAGCAAGAGAGUUCUUGAGACAACGACUUAUUGGCAAACAGGUUAUUGUUCAAAUGGAAUACUCAAGGAAAGUCACACCAGCAGAAGGUGCUACCACAGCUGGUGCCGCUGAUAGGAUAAUGGAUUUUGGCUCAGUGUUCAUUCCAUCUCCUGCUAAAGGCGAUACCGAGGAAGUGGCUGCAUCAGCUAUCUCUGGAAGUCAGCCAGCUGGAGUGAACGUUGCUGAGCUUCUUCUGUCUCGUGGUUUUGGAAAUGUGGUCAGACAUAGAGAUUUUGAAGAGAGAUCAAACCAUUAUGAUGCUCUUCUUGCUGCUGAAUCUCGUGCUUUGUCUGGAAAGAAAGGAAUCCAUUCUGCUAAAGAAUCUCCUGUCAUGCACAUCACAGACCUCACUGUGGCUGCAGCUAAGAAAGCUAAAGAUUUCUUGCCAUCACUGCAAAGAAUCAGGAGGAUACCAGCUGUUGUGGAAUAUGUCCUAAGCGGACAUAGGUGUAAGCUUUAUAUUCCAAAGCUAACAUGUAGCAUUGCCUUUGCGUUCUCUGGUGUUAGAUGCCCUGGCCGUGGAGAGCCCUUUUCAGAUGAAGCUAUCUCUGUAAUGAGACGUAGGAUUAUGCAGAGAGAUGUUGAGAUUGAAGUUGAGACCGUUGAUAGAACCGGUACUUUCUUGGGAUCAAUGUGGGAGUCUAGGACAAAUGUGGCGACAGUUCUGCUUGAAGCUGGCUUAGCAAAAAUGCAGACUAGCUUUGGUGCAGACAGGAUUGUUGAAGCUCAUAUACUUGAACAAGCAGAGAGAUCUGCUAAGAAUCAGAAACUGAAGAUUUGGGAGAACUAUGUUGAAGGAGAAGAAGUCUCAAACGGAAGUACAACCGUUGAGACCAGACAAAAGGAGACAUUAAAGGUUGCUGUUACAGAAGUGCUUGGAGGUGGUCGGUUCUAUGUCCAAACGGUUGGAGAUCAGAGGAUAGCUUCUAUUCAAAACCAGCUUGCAUCUUUGAGUGUUAAAGAUGCUCCAAUCCUUGGAUCUUUCAACCCUAAGAGAGGUGACAUUGUUCUUGCACAGUUUAGCCUUGACAACUCCUGGAACCGUGCAAUGAUUGUGACUGCGCCACGUGCAGCUGUUGAGUCCCCAGAUGAGAAGUUUGAAGUGUUCUAUAUAGAUUAUGGAAACCAAGAGGAAGUCCCGUACAGUGCAAUCCGACCAGUUGAUCCAUCGGUCUCCUCAGCACCAGGGCUUGCUCAGCUCUGUAGACUUGCUUACAUUAAGGUUCCAAGCUUGGAAGAAGACUUUGGUCCUGAAGCAGGAGAGUAUCUGCAUACAAUAACGCUAGGAAGUGGUAAAGAGUUCAAAGCAGUGAUAGAAGAAAGAGACACAUCUGGAGGCAAAGUCAAAGGACAAGGCACUGGAACUGAACUUGCUGUCACUCUCAUUGCUGUUGAUGAUGAGAUCUCUGUGAACGCUGCAAUGCUUCAGGGAGGAAUAGCGAGGAUGGAGAAACGUAGGAGAUUUGAGCACAAGGACAAAAAAGCUGCUCUUGAUGCUUUGGAGAAGUACCAGGAGGAAGCUCGUAAGUCAAGAACUGGAAUAUGGCAGUAUGGUGAUGUUGAAUCAGAUGAUGAGGAUACUGCUCCGGCUAGAAAGCCUGCCGGUGGUGGUCGCCGGUAAGUUAUCGGAUAUGGUUCAGAAGGGACCAUGAGGAGGAGGGAGAGAAGAAGUGUCAGGUCGGUUUUCUCUAAGGGUUUUAAAGACAUGUCAUCGAACUUUUUGUAACGUUUUAGAUUGUUCCUUUUUUUUUUUUAAUUUAUAGUUUUGACUUUGAAAGAGAGUUUUCUAUAUAGGACUUGAAAUAAAGCCGUAAGUUCGAACUUAUCCUUACUGUUUUUUUUUUU